GGCUCGAGUUCGAGUUCAAAACUGAUCGAACCACAAUCGUGUUCUGAGGUGUACUCAGGCAGCCGUUUCGACGAGGGAUUCUCUGCCAGCUGUUUGACCGCGAAGAAAACCUUUUGCUCGGGCAGCGUUCACGUCUUUCCGGUGAUGAAGAUGGACGGCCUGUGAGGCCUGCGCGCGUCGGACUUCGCAUUCUUCUGCUUCUUCGGCGCACGGGAAGGCUGAGGGGGCGACGGGGAGCGGGAGGCGAGCUGCGCGGGCCGACAGCCGGAGGCAGAGGCAGAGCUCCGGGACUCGGGAGGGCACCGAAGAAAGCCCCAGCAUCGCAGAGAGAGGGAGAGAGUGACCGAGUGCUUCGAAGGGAGGGGAGGGGAGGGGAGGGGAAGGGAAGGGAGGAGGAUAUGCGCAGGACGCUUAGCACGCGUGCUCGCUGAGUUUCUACUCGCCUCGAUUUAGACGGUCAGUCUGUCGUGGACUGCCCUUCCGCAUCAACUCCUUGCUCGUCUUCUUCGCCCGUCCGCCUCGCGAUCGCUCCUUCGCCUUCAUUUUCUCUGGUGCCUGAAUCGAGGAGAUUCUGCCCUUCGUUUUCGGAGAGAUUAUCGCCUGUCUUGCGAGAGAGAGAGAGCGCGCAUUAUUCUGGAGUACCGGCCCGCUGCGUUAUUUUGUGAUUCGCUGGCUAUCCUGUCAAUGCGCGUUGUCAACCCGAGGAAGGAAAAUUCUUUUUGGUCUCUGGUCGGGGUAGGACGAAGAGGGGUUUGGAGCGAAUUCUCUCGCAUUUCUCGCCCAGGCGCAGUUUAUUGUCUCGAUCAUGGUGCGGUGAGAUUUCCUCGUAGACCGAAGCCACCGACGUCCAAUGCGCCAAAAGUAGACCGUACUUUAGGCCCAGAGACGACGAUGCUGCCCCAGUCGGUUGCAUGUAAAUUGUAAUUGGAGAAGUUUGGAAUUCUCCUUUGUCGCCGAUUGCGGGUCUUAGAGUUUGAAAGUGUUUCUGCGGCGAAGAAGAAGAUGACAGAAGUGUGGCUUCACGUUUAUGAUGUCACCAACAGCAUGUCCGUGAAGGCGAACAAUGCCAUAAUACAGCUGAAUAAAUUAAUGCGUGAUGGGAUCGGUGUCGGAGGCAUUUUUCACGGCGCCAUACAGGUGUACGAUGAAGAGUGGUCUUUCGGCUUCUGUGAAACUGGAAGUGGAGUUUUCAGUUGUCCUCCCAAAGAAAAUCCGAUGUACACAUACCGAGAAUCAGUGCAUCUUGGAACUACAAAUCUUUCUCAUUCAGAAGUCAAUGUAAUCAUAAGAACGAUGAUAGCCGAGUGGCCAGGAUGCGAUUAUGAUUUGUUAUCAAAAAAUUGCAAUCACUUUUGUGAAGCUUUCUGUGCCGAAUUGCAUGUGGACAAGCUACCCUUGUGGGUGAACCGAUUUGCAAAAACAGGUGAUGCUGCGGUGGAAGUUGCAGGGAACACAAUGGAGAGGUUGAAGCAAGCAAAGGCGGAGGUUGUGACAGCAGGGAAGGUCGCUUAUCGCUUUUUGUUUGGAGGCCCUACAUCAUCCACUGUCAGCCCAGAUCCGGGGCUGUCUGACUCGAGACAAAAUGGAUCUAACUCGUCUCGCAGGUUCAGUUUGGGAUUCUGCCUUGGUUCACUUGUUGACGUACAGACGGACGAUGUUCAGCGGAUUCCAACUCUUCACAACAGACGACGAAGAUCAUCCCGUAGAAAAGGCACCACUUCUGCAAAGUCAUUCAUGGGACUGAGUAUGGGAUCCAGGACACUUAAAAAGUUGUUCCACCAACCGCGUAGUUUGUGUAAAUUUGUGAGCAGAAUGUAUACUGUAUGCAUACCAUGAGAACACGCAAAUAUUACUCUUUUCCUUUGGAUGAACCUCCUUAAGAGUUUUGAUUAGACGCUUGGAUUAGACCUAGUUUUCCCUUUUAUGGAUGUAACGAGAUGUCAUCAAAACCGCAUCAACAGCCGAUUAAAAUUGAUAAGUAAAGACAGUUGG